AUGGAAAACAAUGGCGCUCCCGACGAAGCUUCAGACAAUUAUUCUCGACGUUUCACGACGUUGUUCGGUGCGGGGAGACUCGGGUUUUGGUCGCCGGCCGAGGGGGAGUCGAACGGAGGUAAUGGAACGGUCUACGGUGGUCGGACGACGAGGGAUUGGCCAUGGAAGGAGACCGUUGGGGAGAUGAUAAAUUUGGGGGAUUGCGCACCGUCUAUAACCCACAGAGAUGUGAAGUGCAGCAACAUAUUGUUAACUGAAAGCCUGCAUGCCAAGCUCUCUGAUUUCGGGUUGUCCAAAGCUUUUCCAUCGUUACUGGAGUUGCUGGUACCCCAGGAUACCUUGAUCCCGAGUAAGUAUUCUACUUCGAAUAGGUUGACGGAGAAAAGCGAUGUCUACAGCUUCAGGGUAGUCCUUUUGGAGAUCGUUACGAACCAACAAGUGAUUAUGAAAUCGUAUGAGCAGACUACACAUAUAAGCCAAUGGGCUAGUUUGAUGUUAUAUAAUGGUGAUAUCAAAAGCAUAGUUGAUCCAAGAUUGCAAGGAGAUUUUGACAUUAUCUCAAUGAAGAAAGCAGUUGAACAGGCAUUGGCUUGCGUUUCUCAAACUUCGAUGAAAAGGCCAUCGACCAACUACGUUGUGGCGGAGUUAAGUGAGUGUUUGUCGACUGAGGUCGAAAGGAUCCGACAGCACAACAUUCAGUUGGCUCCAACUGGAAGUAAUUCCCUCCCCUAG